AUGCAUGCAUGUCGUCGCGGGCAGCCAAAGCGCCAACACAUUGCAGGAUCCAUUGGUUGGUUCACGGUUCUAGCUAGGACGCGCUACUACCAUUGCAAGUACGUACGUGCCGACCAUGUACUGCUCCAUGGAUCCUCGUUGGCGGUGUGGUGCACUGCACGUUCAGGCGCGUCACAUGGCACGGCGGCUAGCCUAGCUGCGUCGUCGCGCUGCUGCAGUGUUCCGUGCACUGUGCAGUGCAUGCGCGGGCCACCGCCCACUCUGCUCGCUGGAUCGAUCGCCAGGCAAAAGUGCCUUCACAUACGUGCAGACAUGCUGCUAGCCUAG